AUGGGAAAAGAAAGAUCUUCUAGGCAUUCUGAUAGAGAUAGAGGAAGGGAUGAUGAUAAAAAGAAAAGAAGAAGAUCAAGGUCAAGAGAUGAUUCAUAUUCACCAAAAAGAAAACAUUCGAAAGGAUCUGAAAGUUCUUCAAAGAAAAAUGAGGACAAGGAAAAAAGAGUAAGGAAGUCAGAUACUUCUAUGAUUGAGGCGGAGGCUGAUGUAAAAAAAAGAAAAGAAAGAGUUGAAAAGUGGAGGGCAUUAAUGAAAAAGAAGGAAGAGGAAGAAAUGAAAGAUAAUAAAGAGGAGAAUGCAGAAAUUUCUACUGAAGAGAAACAUUCUACAUGGACAUUAGAAGAUGAAAAUGAUGAUGAUGAUGAGGAAGAAAUUGUCAAUAAUAAUUUAGAGGAACAUUCUGAAGAGAAAAAAGAACAACCUGUUGUUGAAGUUCAGGAUGAAGAAGAAAUAGAUCCAUUGGAUUUGUUUAUGUCAGAAUUAGAACAAUCAAAUGAAACAAAACCAAAAAUUGAUACAGUAACAGUAAAGAGUACUUCAAAGUUAAAAGUUAUUACAGCACCAGUAGCUAAAACAAUACAUGAACAGAUAGAUGCAAAAAAAGGUGAUAUAAUAGAAAAUGAUGAUACAAAUUAUGAAGCUAAAGAUGAUUUUGAUUUAGAAGAAGCUAAAGAACAAUUUAUUACUAAAUCAAGAACUUUAUUACAGAGAAGUACCUGA